UUAAAUGAAGAAAACAGAUGCCUCCAGGGUAGGCUUUUGUAUGCUGCUAUUUGCUCUUUAUUGAAAGUUGGGUAGCGGUUCUAAUGCUGAGAUGCCUCGUAGCUCUGUAUUUGGCAGACUCCAAAUGGGUGUUUCAGUUGCUUGUUUGAGGUUAUUAAAGAUACUGUGAAGUACAGUUUACUCUGAUAAUGACAGAACCUUGGUUGCAUUUAACAUUAGUGCUUCUUGACAACGCUUUUAAUACCCAUGUCAAGUUAGAAUUUAAAAAAGAAAACGUAGUCUAAUUUUGAUUAAAAGUUCAGUGGCAGUCAUUCCUCAUUUAUUGUUUGCCUAUGUCAAUUCGUUCCUGAGAUGGUCUAUAUUUGAACUUCUUGGCAACAUCUGAUAUGAAAUAAGGACAGUCACUGACCCAUUUGAGGACGAAACUUGGAAACUUCAGGCAAUAGCAUCACCCAGUGACUACAGUACAAUAGAAUGAAAGCUCUUUGAUUUAGGGGAUGGCUUUUGCAGAGAAUUCACCUCUGACCCUGCACCGCCGGGACCUCUGUAGCCGUUCUAUCUGGCUAGCAAGGAAGAUUCGCUCAGACCUGACUGCUCUUAUGGAAUCUUACCUGAAGCAUCAGGGCCUGAAUAAAAACAUCAACCUGGAUUCUGUGGAUGGCGUGCCAGUGGCAAGCACUGAUCGCUGGAGUGAGCUGACUGAGGCAGAGCGACUCCAAGAGAACCUCCAGGCUUACCGUACCUUCCACAGGAUGUUGGCCAAGCUUUUAGAAGACCAGAGGGUGCAUUUCACCCCAGCUGAAGGUGACUUCCAUCAGGCAAUACAUACUCUUCUGCUCCAGGUUUCUGCCUUUGCCUACCAGCUAGAGGAGUUAAUGGUGCUGCUGGAACAGAAGAUCCCUGAAAAUGAGGUUGAUGGGACGCCUGUUGCUGUUGGAGAUGGUGGCCUCUUUGAGAAGAAGCUAUGGGGCCUGAAGGUCCUUCAAGAGCUUUCACAGUGGACCGUGAGGUCUAUCCAUGACCUCCGAGUCAUUUCUUCUCAUCAGAUGGGAAUCCCAGCACAUGAGAGCCAUUAUGGGGCCAAGGACAAACAAAUGUAGCAGUUAGCCCUUCCCUCUCAUUUUUUGUUCUGCGGAGAUAUAGGUAGUUCCCUGUGGCCUUGUUUUCCCAGAACCAAUUUUUGAAAACCUUAAACCACAAGCAGUUUCAUGAAGUAGGCUUGACCACAUUUGAACGGAUAUACAUGGUUAUUCUGGGUGUAUGCAUGUGUAGGAACAUUUUUGUUUGGACCGGUGGUAUAAUAGAGUAGAAACAAGGGAAAUAUCCUCCCACCUUAGAGCUUUAAUGUCCCUGAUACUGAUACUAAGUGACCUUUCUAGGCAUUUUACAGCUUGUCAAGCACAAGAGAAAUUGUAACUAGUUGUGAUUGACUUCUGAAAAGACUGAAUAAACAAAUUAGAAGUCCUAGCCUAUCACCAUUCAAACUACCAUAGUAAUAUUGGUGUGCUGAGGCAAUGAGUGCCGUAGCUUUAUGUAUAUUCUAUAUAACUUUACAUCUUUGUCUCAGAAGGUUAGAUGUGUCUUGUGAUCUAUCCCUAGCACUGAAAAGCAAGCAGCCUUUUGUUAAAUAUCCUCAGAAGUCAGCAGCAGAUGUCCAAGUGUUUGUUGGCCAUACCUGACAAAGAACAGCAACUACAAAUCUUAAGAUUUCAUUUGGGUGAAAAAUGGGGCCCAGUGUACUUCCAUACUUGGAAACAGAGGAUAUGCGAUAACAGAGUGGUUAGGGUUGACUGUGUACUUGAGUAUUGGGCUAAUCAUUGUUUAUAGGAAAUUAACAGAUCAGUGAUACAGGUACGAUAUAUAGAUACUCGAUAGUGAGUGGAAUGUUGAGGUUAAAGAUCACAGAGCUCCAUCACCUUACAUUCUCUGGGCUUACUCAUGAGGGGAGGAUGAAGUCUAGUUGGUCCCCACUGAGAAUGCCAGGGAUUCUUAAACAACACAGGAACGCUCUGCUUUUGAUGUUCUUGUGAGAGCCACACAGCGUGGAAGACUAGGAAACAGAUGUCCCUGGAAAAGAUCUGUGCAUUAGUGGUGUACUGUGAUUCCAACAGUUUGUAUCAUUUGGUUUUUACUUAUUUUUAGAUAAACCUGAGAGAUCUUGAGUUGAGGGCCCAAGUCUAAUCAUGACAUCUUGCUUCAUAAAUGAGUGAACUAUGCAUGAGUCAGAGAGGGCUAACUUCCAUAAGUUGCAUGAGGUGGGGAUAUGUGACUCAUCUUGUGUGCUCUCCUAUAAUGGGUUCCAUAAAGGCUAAAACUCUGAUUUAAGUACAUGACCAUACUCAGUCAAGCAUUGUAGUAGCUCAGGGGAAGUGAGACUAUGUUUUCUACUAUGCAUUUGUGAAAAUACAGUUGUAUAUGUAUAAAAUAAAAAGAUCAAAACUAGAAUGGGAUUAUAAAGAACUAAAAGAGAUCAUUUAAAGCGACAAGUAAAUGUGCUUCCUGGGUUGGUGGAGUAUAAUACAGAAUAAACUCCAACAGAGCAAAAAAUAAAAGAGAGAGAGAGAGAGAGAGAGAGAGAGAGAGAGAGAAAAGAACAAGAAGUUGGCUCAUGAGCAUGUCUGGACCCGGACCCAGCAUCAUAAAGGCCUAUUUUGUUUAAUUCCAUUUGUGAUUGUGGUAUACAUAUUUUUCAUUACGAUAAAGUCUUAUUUCAUUUGUGCUUAUUAAGUUCUGUUUGUCAGGAGCAUCUUCCAUUUAAUAAAGUGUAUGUUAACAAGACUCAUGUUUAAAGAAGAAAAGUGUCUA